UUUUUCCUGAAACCAAUUUCACUAUUUCUGUACAUACAUACUUUUGUGCCAAUUGAAUUUAACCCCAAAUUAUGUUCUGAUAAUUUGCUAAGCCUACCAUGGAUCUUGCCAGGCUACUUUGUGCACUUGGGCUUUUAGUUUUGGUUCUGCCUGAGCAACUGAAGGCAGUGAAUGUUGGGGCUGAUGGCGGUUCUAGGAGUUGUGGGUUUCCAGCAAUAUAUAACUUUGGGGACUCAAACUCUGAUACAGGGGCAAUCUCAGCAGCCAUAUCUGAAGUUCCUCCUCCAAAUGGUGAAAGCUUCUUUGGACAUCCUUCUGGCCGCUUUUCUGAUGGUCGUCUCAUUAUAGAUUUCAUAGCUGAGAAAUUGCAGUUACCACACCUCAGUCCAUACCUGGACUCACUUGGGACCAAUUUCAGGCAUGGUGCAAAUUUUGCAACUGGUGGUUCAUCUAUUAGGCCGGGUGGCUACAGCCCAUUUCAUCUUGGCAUUCAACUUUCCCAGUUCAUAAGAUUCAAGUCUCACAGCAUUGCUCUCUAUAAACAACUUAAUUCAAACAGAAGACUUCCUAGGCCAGAGGACUUCUCGAAAGCUCUGUACACAUUUGAUAUUGGUCAGAAUGAUCUUGCCUACAGUCUUCAACACGGGACGGUAGAAGAAGUUAGAGCCUCCAUUCCUGCAAUCCUGAGCCAAUUGUCCCAAGCAAUCUCUCAACUAUACAAGGAAGGAGCAAGGUUUUUUUGGGUGCAUAACACAGGCCCACAUGGGUGCUUGCCCUAUAGUGUCAUCUAUGAUCAAUCAAAGCCUCCUGUCAAUCUGGACCAGAGUGGCUGUGUGAAGCCUCUGAAUGAGGUGGCUCAGGAGUUCAAUCGGCAACUUAAGGACAGCGUAUCACGGUUAAGAUCAGAGCUCCCUCUUGCAGUAUUUACAUACGUCGAUGUGUAUUCAGCUAAAUAUGCACUGAUUAGCAAUGCAAAAAGUCAAGGUUUUGUUGAUCCAUUUGACUUCUGCUGUGGCAGUUACUAUGGCUACCAUGUUGACUGUGGAAAGAAAGCCAUAGUGAAUGGAACCGUCUAUGGUAAUCCUUGUAAAAAUCCAUCAAGGCAUAUUAGUUGGGACGGCAUACACUACUCUCAGGCAGCGAACCUGUUGAUUGCUGAGCGCAUUCUCAAUGGCUCAUUCUCCAACCCACCAGUUUCAGUCACAGAGGCUUGUCGUCUCUCCAAGAAUGUAUGAACACCAUGCCAUGAGUCGAUAACCACGGUUUGUUUGAUUAAAACCAUUAGAUGUGUACACUUUUGGCAUUAGUGAGGGUUUGUUUUAGCCUUUUAAGUGAUUUGUCCACUAGGAAACUUUAGAUCAGAAGUACUUUUGAAAAAAGUGGAAGAGCAAGUGAGCCACCCAUAAAUACCCUCCAUUAAUUUCA